AUGUCACUAAGGACUAGGGUUAGUUUGAAAGCUGUGCGACUUGGAUAUGCUAGCACUUCAUUGAGAUCUAUGAUGUACGGUUCCACUGUUUUAAGUAGGACGUACGUUUCUCAAACCCCUUCGCAGAAUAAUACUGCUGUAGGGACUAUGCCAGUGAUGAACAUGAGGAGUUCAUCCAGUUUGGAAGAGGAUCAACCACCUAGUUCUGUGAACUAUUUGAAGACUUUGAGCAAGAAGGAGUUGUUUUCAUUGGGAAUGAUUGGGUGUGUAACGUUGAAUAAGUUUACUUUGGAUUUGGCCAUCAAGGUUUUCCCUUUUGUUCCCGUAUUUUUGAUCAAAUGGUUGAUUUCUGCAUUGUACUGCGGUGGUGAUAACCCAAAGGAAGUGAGAGAGUGUGGAGAAAAUUUGCAGAAAAGGGGCAUUAGUAAUAUGAUGUUGUCGUUGACUAUUGAAGAUUCUGAGGGUGUCAAGAACAUUGAUAUUAACUAUAUUGUUAAAGAGACUAUUAAAUCUGUUCAUGAAGUUUUGAAGCCAAACUUGCUGAAACAGUUGGAGACUGCUGUUGAUGUCAAUGACGUCGCUCCGGGCUAUAUUGCUUUGAAACCAUCUGCGCUGGUCGCUAACCCAAGUGAGGUCCUAUUAAAUUUCAAGAACGAGGCAUGGAUGGCUCAACGUGAAGAACUGAUCAAUAAUUGCAGCGCUGUAACUCAAGUUAUCUACGAUUUAAACCAGGAGCUAUUGAAAAAAUACCCCUCAAGACAGGCACCUUUCUUUGUGGCUACUAUUGAUGCAGAGAAAUACGACCUUCAGAUGGGUGUUUAUGAGUUGCAAAGAAUCUUAUUUGAAAAAUUCAAUCCACAAUCUAGUCCAAUUGUCUCCUGUAUCGGUACGUGGCAACUUUAUUUGACAGACUCCGCCCAGGAAUUGCAAACCGAAUACGAGAGAGCAAAGAAGGAAGGCUAUAAGCUAGGUUUGAAAUUGGUUCGUGGUGCUUAUAUUCACUCUGAGCCAAACCGUGAUGCCAUCAUCCAACCCACUAAAGAGGCUUCAGACGUCAAUUACAACAAUGUGAUAACUACUGUCAUUGAGGAUCUACUCGCUAAAGGCUCCAAGUCUACAUACGGUCAUCUGGUAGUAGCUUCGCAUAAUUACCAUUCCCAGAUGUUGGCCACAAAGUUGCUGGAAGAAAAGGGUAGCGCUGCUGGCAAGCAUAACGUGGUGCUUGGGCAAUUGCUCGGCAUGGCAGAUAACGUUACUUACGACUUAAUCACAAAUCAUGGCGUCAAGAAUAUUAUCAAAUACGUCCCAUGGGGUCCACCACUCGAGACUAAGGACUAUCUCUUGAGAAGAUUACAAGAGAAUGGCGAUGCAGUGAGAGCUGACAACGGGUUGCCAUUACUCAAAUCCAUCGCCAAAUCCAUCUUUGCAAAAUCUGCUUAA